UGUGACGCGCAAUUACCAGCAUGCACCAACUGCAGGAAGGCGGGUGCAGAGUGUACCGACGGAGAGAGCCUGCGACUCCGGUCUGUCCCAGAUGACCCAGCUGUGUCGCGUCUGCGCAGGCGCGUCACAUGGCUCGAAGCCAUCAUCCGGGAAAGACUGCCUGACGUAGACCUGUCUGUGGAAGCUCCCAUUGAGGGUUCCGAGCCGCCUGAGGAGCGGACAGUGAUUCCGUCGGGUCACGGUGACCAUCGCAGUGUGUCUGUGGACAACACGACAGCUCUACCUUUACAAGCUGUUGCUCAGAAUGAUCAGCGGGCCCACGAGAUUGGUCUCAUUUCUGUAGGUACCGCAGAUCAGCGCUAUCUUGGCCCAUCGAGCGGCUACUUCCUCGCUCGCCUUCUGCUGGGCGACUCUCCACGUAGACACGACCGACGUGAGCCUGUGGACUACAAUGCCGGAAAUUCCACCAAUCUAGCGCAAUCACUUAUCGAUCAACUGGUCUGCGCAACCCCUGGGCCCUUGCCGCUGCCAGGAAAAGCUCAGGCGAAUGAACUCGCCCGUAUCUACUUUGAUACAGUGCAUCCUCAGUACCCGAUCCUCCAUGAACCUUCCUUCAUGCAGGGCAUGAACUAUCUUUACGAUUCGCAUGCACAGACGCUUGAGAACGAUGCCUCGGUUGCAUUCCAAGUGAACAUGGUCCUCGCAAUUGCCACAAGCAUACUGUCCUCCCGAGUCAGGUCUCACGUGCCCGGCGAAUCUUACUGCCUCUCUGCGUUGCAGCACCUUGAACGGCUCAAUGUCCAGAAUUCUUUCUCUGGUCUACAAUGCAUUCUAUUGUUACUCAUCUUUACGAUCCACAGCCCGUAUAUGAGACUGAACGUCUGGUAUCUGAAUUACCACUGUAUUGCCGCUGUCCUAGAGCUGGGUUUGCAGAGAGACGUCACCACGUCUUCUGGAAUCUCACUAUUGGAUCAAGAGAUGAGGACUCGCGUAUUCUGGACUAUUUUCACAUUGGAUAGAACCAUCGCAACCAUGAUGGGACGUCCUAUUGGUCUGCGCGAUGAAGCAUGUGACCUCAGGUUGCCUCAGGAUAUCGAGGAUCACAUGCUGACUGGCUUGGAAAGCUCGCAGGUCUAUGGAACUGGCAACAUGGCUCUAUCCAUUCAUCUCUUCAAGUUGGCUAAAAUUAAUUCAGAGAUCAAAUACGUUGCCAACAGUAUCGUACGCGAAGCCCCUUCGUACGCCUAUCCGCCGAUAUCCGACAUCAACGCGUGGCAACGGGGUAUGCUUGCACAGCUUGAUCAAUGGGGUUCAUCUAUUCCGCAAAUCCAUCCUCGCCAUACAUACGUGCGCACACUAUGCGAACUUCGCUACUACUCUAUGAGAAUACUACUCUUACGACCCAGCCCUGCCAUUCCGAAACCUUCACCUGAGUCGUUAACAGAGUGUUAUGGUCUUGCGUGGCGGGCAAUUCAUGUCUACGACAGACUCUAUCGCCAAGACCAGCUCGUCCAUGACUGGAUGGUCUUGCACGGCAUCAUCUUUAGCACCAUCACUGCUCUGUACUGUAUCAGAGCAGUGCCAGAACUCGCUCGAAACACAGAGCUUGACGAACUGAUGACCAACCUGAGCUUGAGCUUGAGUCUCGUAAGUGUAGCAGGCGAGUAUUGGUCAGGGGCUAAGCGAAGUCGUCAAAUCUUGGAUGACAUGGGAAGAUCUACCAUAAGAUGGAUGAAGUAUCUGAAAACGAACAACACUGAUGAGCUCGGUAUCAAUGGCUCCGGAAGCGAAACAAUACAGGCUCCACCAAACCCAAGUAUUCCUGAUCCAGCGGCUAUGGACACAACACUGGGCGGUUAUUACCAAGGACUCAAUUCCGCCAACACAUUUGCAGAUACGACUCCCUCGGCUUUGAGUCUGGAAGACAGAUUCUGGGCAGAUCCGCCCCAGCAGUUCACAUUCGGCGACAUAACAAAUGUUGAUGAUAUUAUGCAUAGCUUAUUUGAAGACUUUGUUCCGCAGAUGAACAAUAUGCAAGACUAG